AUGUCCUCAAUUCCUGUUAGCUUUGCCGAUAUUGGCAAAUCUGCCAAUGAUCUGUUGGGCAAGGACUACCCUAAUGCUAUUAAACUGGACGCGAAGACCACUGCUUCAAAUGGAGUGUCCUUUACCGUUUCUGGAACCAGAGAUGCGAAGGCAAACAUGCAAGGGGAACUCAAGACAAAAUAUGCGUAUCCAAAGAGCGGCGUGACUUUUACGGGAGGCUGGUCAAGCUUUAAUCGGAUGACUGGCCAACUCGAGCUAGAGAAUAAUGUGGCCAAAGGCUUGAAGUUGGACAUUUCCGCAUCUCUUCUCCCAAGCUCCGGUCAAAAGAGCGCUAAAACGGGUGUCAUAUUUAAGCAGCCAGGGUUUCACACGAAAAUAUACCUCGAUCUUUUCAAAGGCCCUACAUUUACGGGAGAUGCAGUAAUUGGCCAUGAAGGUUUCCUUAUUGGCAGUGAGGCUACGUACAAUGUGAUGAGCGGGGAGAUAGUUGGUUACGGCAUUGCAGCUGGAUUUGUUGCGCCUGAAUAUAAUAUCAGCGUUCGCGCAUCUAACUCAUUAAGUGCAUAUACCGCUGCUAUUUACCACCGCGUUCAUUCGGACGUUGAGGCUGGGGCGAAAGCACAUUGGGAUACUACAGCCAAUCAAAACAAUGCCGUUAAUAUUGAAAUCGGAGCUAAAUAUACGCUCGAUAAAGAUGCAUUCAUUAAAACCAAAAUCGAUAAUGCUGGCCGUCUUGGUCUUGGCUACACACAGGCACUUCGUCGAGGUGUUAAAAUUUCGCUUGGUGCUAGCAUUGACACAUCUCGCCUUAACGAAAACACGCAUCGCUUUGGGCUUGCACUCAAUCUAGAGUCUUAA